UUCUUUUAUAUGUUCUGAGCCGCCAUGGACGCGGUGGAAUUGUUCAAGAAGCUUGGUGUUGGUGCAAAAUUUGAUUUCAAGCGUUUUGGAAAAGAUGCGGAAAGAUUUAAGGUGGUGAGGUCUCAGAGCAAAGAUAUCUCUAACCCCUUGGCCAGGAUUAGCUUCUUUGGCAUAAAGAGAGAUGAUGAGACUGCUGUAGAGUGCACACAUGAUGACAGUGAAGAGGAAAAGUCAGAGGAAGAACAGGCAGUCUUUGCAGAAAAGAGAAAAGGUUCUGAUGAGGAUGAACCAUUGAGCAUACAAAGAAAGAAAAGGAAAAAGGAUAAAAAGAACACUGAUGAUGCAGAGAUUGAGGAACCUGAUGGUGAUGACAAAUCAGAACCAGAGAAGGGGGGGAUUCAGUGGAUGUCUUCACAAAGCAAGAAGGCAGAAGGACCUAAGACAAAGGCCAAAGACAGUCCCUCACUGAUGAGACUAAAACAACUUCAUCAAGAGAAGGUCAGUCAGUUAAGGCACAAGAACAGGAUUAAUGUGCAUGGCACAGAUGUCCCAGACCCUCUUAGCACCUUUGAAGAGCUUCGCCAGGAAUAUGAGCUGGAUCCAAGAAUCAUUCAGAACAUCAAAGCAGCAGGCUUCCAGACCCCCACGCCCAUUCAGAUGCAGGCCAUACCACUCAUGAUGCAUAGGCGAGAGAUCCUGGCAUGUGCCCCCACAGGUUCUGGGAAAACUAUAGCCUUCUGCUUGCCCGUGCUUUCCCACCUCCGGCAGCCACUUAAUAAGGGCUUCAGGGCCCUCAUCGUAGCUCCUACCCGAGAGUUGGCCAGCCAGACACACAGAGAAUUGCUGAAACUGUCUGAGGGAGUGGGCUUCAGGAUUCACAUCAUUAACAAAGGAGUAGAUGCAGCCAGAAAAUACGGUCCUACGUCAGCUAAGAAGUUUGACAUAUUGGUGACAACUCCUAAUAGGCUGGUAUACCUGCUUAACCAGGACCCACCGGCUGUAGAUUUAAGCAGUGUGGAGUGGCUGGUGGUCGACGAGUCCGAUAAGCUGUUUGAGGAUGGCAAGACCGGCUUUAGGGAGCAACUGGCCACCAUAUUCCUGGCCUGCUCCUCUCCCAAGAUCCGCCGAGCACUCUUCAGCGCGACCUUCACCACUGAGGUGGAGCAGUGGUGUAAGCUCAACUUGGACAACCUUGUCUGUGUGAACAUUGGACCCAGGAACUCAGCAGCAGAGACGGUAGAGCAGGAGCUUCUGUUUGUCGGUGCAGAGAAUGGAAAACUGCUAGCUAUGAGGGACCUGAUAAAGAAGGGUUUUCUGCCACCGAUGCUAGUGUUUGUUCAGUCCAUUGAUCGCGCCCGUGAAUUGUUCCACGAGCUGGUGUAUGAGGGCAUCAAUGUGGAUGUGAUCCAUGCUGACCGCACACAACAACAGAGAGACAACGUGGUUAGCAGCUUUCGAUCUGGUAAGAUUUGGGUGCUGAUCUGUACGGCACUAAUGGCCCGAGGCAUCGACUUUAAAGGAGUCAACUUGGUUGUCAACUAUGACUUCCCCACUAGCGCGGUAGAGUACAUCCAUCGGAUAGGUCGCACUGGAAGGGCAGGCCAUAAGGGGAAAGCCAUUACGUUUUUCACUGAGAGUGACAAACCGCUUCUGCGCAGCAUUGCGACUGUGAUAAAACAAGCUGGAUGUCCUGUACCAGAGUACAUGAUUGGAUUCAAGAAAAUGAAAAGCAAAGUGAAACGACAGCUUGAGAAGAAACCACCAAGGAGAUCAACAAUCCGCACAACACCCCGCUUACUCACGAAAAAGAAACCCAACAAGGGGAAAAGAAAAAAAUUAAAAAUUGAGGCAAAUGUGAAAGCAAUUGAACAAGAAGAGAGAAGAAACACCUGAGAUGUAGGGAAUUACUGCUGUAAAAUGUGUAUGGAUGUUUCCUGCCUUGUUUUUCUAAUAAAGUAAUAACAAAAGCUUUGA